GGUGCAAAUCACGGAAUCAAAGAGCUUUAAUUCUCACCAUUGAGUUGUUGCCUGCUACAUGCUAAGUAUUGUCCCAGUUUGCGGGGUUUGUAUGUAUUUACUCAGCAAAGUCUUCUGUAUAAAUAGGUUGAUAGCCUCAUUCCACGUCUUUCCAUCUUCCCGCGCUCUUUCCGAUGGGCAAGCCCAGGCAGCAGGUCAUUUCCCGCUUCUUCGCCCCUAAACCCCGCCCCGACGCCGACGCCGACGCCGACGCCGACGCCGAUGCUGGCGAUUCCUCUGUAGGAAAACCGAGACCAUCCCCCAAGAUCGCUGCUACCCUCUCCUUCUCCCCCAUCCUCCUCCGCUCCAAGCGCUCCCUUGCCCAAUCCCCAACCCUAGCCCCCAAGAGACCCCGGCUCAUCCCCAAUUCCAACCCUUCUCUCCACCAGAGAUUUCUCAACAAGCUCUUCGAACCAUCAAAUGUCUCCUCUGAGUCUUCAAAGCCUAACUCUGGAACCACCAAGUACACACCGCUCGAGAUCCAGGUCCUUGACCUCAAAUCCAAGCAUCCGGAUGUAAUCCUCAUGGUGGAAGUCGGCUACAAGUAUCGGUUCUUCGGAGAUGAUGCUGAAAUUGCUGCGAAGGUCUUAAGGAUUUUUGCUCACAUGGACCAUAACUUCCUCACUGCCAGUGUCCCCACGUUUCGGUUGAAUUUUCAUGUGCGGCGGCUUGUCAGAGCUGGGUACAAGGUCGGAGUGGUGAAGCAGACGGAGACAGCUGCGAUCAAGGCGCAUGGGGAGAACCGCCUUGGGCCGUUUGCCAGGAGAUUGUCAGCUUUGUAUACAAUGGCGACGAUUGAGGUUGCAGAAGACAUGGGAGGAGGAGGAGGGGAGGAGGGGGCAGGAGGAGAGGGUAAUAACUAUCUUGUUUGUGUGGUGGAGGAGAGGUUGUCAUCCGGAACAGGGAAUGUGAGAUUGAAGGCAGGGUUUGGUGUUAGGGUUGGAAUGGUUGCAGUAGAGGUAUCGACUGGUGAUGUGCUUCAUGCGGAGUUCAAUGAUAAUGUGAUGAGGUCGGGGCUGGAAGCUGUGAUUUUGAGCUUGACUCCUGCUGAGAUGCUUUUGGGAGAGCCAUUAUCUACAACAACAGAGAAGAUGUUGUUGGCAUAUGCUGGGCCUGCAUCCAAUGUCCGAGUAGAGCGUGCCUCUCGAGACUGUUUUAAUGAGGGGGGUGCACUUGCUGAAGUGGUUUCCCUAUAUGAGAACAAUAAUGACAAUUUGACUGCAGAACAUGGUUUGGAAAACACGACAAUUGGGAAAGAGGAAAAUCAUCCCAUUGGAAUUGAGGGAAUCAUGGGCAUGCCAGAAUUAGCUGUGCAAGCAUUAGCCUUGAUAAUACGUCACCUUAAGCAGUUCGGUUUUGAGCGGAUACUAUUUCUGGGUGCUUCAUUUCGGCCAUUUUCCAGUAAUAUUGAAAUGACUUUAUCAGCUAAUGCACUUCAUCAACUAGAGGUGUUAAAGAACAACUCUGAUGGCUCUGCAGAAGGAUCCUUACUGCAGGUCAUGAACCAUACUUGCACACCAUUUGGUUCUAGGCUUCUUAAACACUGGGUCUCACACCCUCUACGUGAUAGAAACUUGAUAUCUGCUCGCCUUGAUGCUGUUGCAGAGAUUGCAAAAUCAAUCGAUUCACACAAAGCUUCAGAGGUUGUAUUUGAACAGAUGGAGAAAAGUCUGUGCAAGGUACUUAGUCCACCUAUGGUCAAUUCAAUAAUUUCUUCAGUUUUAACGAUGCUGGCGAAGUGUUCUGACAUUCAGCGUGGACUUACAAGAAUUUUCCAUCGAACAGCUACACCAGCAGAGUUCAUAAGUGUCAUUCAUAUGAUUUUACUAGCUGGGAAGCUGUUACAGAAGCUUCAUAUUGGUGAUGAUGACAGCAAUGACAAUGUACAAGUGAUGACUGUGAAAUCUACUCUACUCAGAAGACUUAUUGUUUCUGCUUCUUCACCUAGUAUAAUUGCACAUUCUACAAAGCUUCUAUCCUGCCUAAACAGAAGUGCAGCUGACCAAGGGGACAUCUUGAAUAUUUUCAAUGCUGGUAAUGAUCAAUUUCUGGAGGUGUCUAGGAGUCAUACAAGUGUGCAUGAGGCAGAAGAGAAGUUGAAUUCAUUGAUUGCCCAGUAUCGCAAGCAGCUUGGAAUUCGGAACUUAGAGUUCAUGUGUGUGUCUGGAAUAACACACCUGAUAGAAUUGCCUUUAGAUACACGGGUUCCAACAAAUUGGCUGAAGAUAAACAGCACUAAGAAGGCUGUGCGUUAUCACCCUCCUGAAGUCCUUGCAGGCUUAGAAGAGUUGUUGCUUGCAAAGGAGAAGCUCACUGUUGUUUGCAGAACUGCCUGGGAUCGUUUCUUGAUGGGAUUCGGCAAGUACUAUGCUCAAUUUCAAGCGGCUGUUCAUGCUUUAGCUGCUUUGGACUGUUUGCAUUCACUUGCUAUUCUUUCCAAAACUCAGAAUUAUAUUCGACCUUCCUUUGUUGGUGAUGAAGAACCAGUUCAAAUUAAUAUCUGCUCAGGUCGCCAUCCAGUUCUGGAGACUAUUUUGCGAGAUAAUUUUGUGCCAAAUGGCACGUGUAUGCAUGCAGAUGGUGAAUACUGUCAGAUAGUUACAGGACCAAAUAUGGGGGGAAAGAGUUGUUAUAUUCGUCAGGUUGCCCUUAUAGCCAUUAUGGCUCAGGUUGGGUCCUUUGUACCAGCUUCGUCAACAAAAUUGCAUGUACUUGAUGGAAUUUUCACCCGUAUGGGCUUAUCAGAUAGUAUCCAGCAAGGCACAAGCACCUUUUUUGAAGAAAUUAGCGAGACUAAACAUAUACUGCAACAUUGCUCUUCACGGUCUCUGGUCAUCAUUGAUGAGCUUGGUCGAGGCACAAGUACGUAUGACGGUGUUGCAAUCGCUUAUGCAACAUUGCAUUACCUUUUGAAGCAUAAAAAAUGCAUGACCCUCUUUGUUACUCACUACCCCAAGAUCAUGGAUAUCCAGCAUGAGUUUGAAGGAUCUGUUGCUGCUUACCACGUUUCUUAUUUGACAUCUAAGAAACCUUUGGAAGUAGCAUAUUCCAGGAAAGGUUUUAGUGCUGAAAACUUGGAUCAGGGAGAAGUGACUUUCCUUUACAAGGUUGUUCGUGGUGCAUCAGAUAAGAGCUUUGGUCUUAAUGUUGCUCGUCUUGCACAGUUGCCACCAUCAUGCAUUACAGUAGCAUCUAUAAUGGCUGCAAAAAUGGAAUCAACCAUGACUUCAUGUGGGAGAAGGCAAUUGCAAGAAUUAAUCUCAUUGGCAGCACAGGAAAGAUGUUCCAGUGAUUGUAGGACCCUGAAGGAAGAAUCCAAGUGCUAUCAUGAUUUGGCCACAGGACUUCACCAAUUACUUUCCUUUUUAAGUGGUGAUUCUGAUGAUGCAAAUAAUGUCAACAUCUUUUCAUCCUUGAAAGGUGCUAAAGAUCUUGCGUCAAAUAUUAUAGAAUGUUACAGCAAUUGCAGGUGCGUAGGCCAGGGGGACUUCACAAAAGGCCUGCUGGUGUAAAUGGUUAUCCUUACCUUGCUGAUAUAUUUCCUGAAUCCGUGACUUCCAUUUUUAGAUAUUCAGAAAGUGAGAUCCUGAUUGAGUUUCGUUGUUAAAAGUAUCUAUCCUUUUUUCUUUCUUUUUGUGAAAGGGUAGACAUCAUUAAUCAGGUAAAUGGAAUUAAUGCAUGUAUUUUUAAAUACUGUGAAAUUUAUGUUUUUCCCUUUCUUAUUAUGUUGCUGAAGCGGAUGCAGGGAAAAGGUAUGCUCUUUUCUUGGGUAUGCAUCAA